CCAGCACCUUUCAUUUUCUUUUCUUCUCUCUCUCUAUAUAUUACAAUCAAGCAUCUCAUCCUCAAGAAACAAAAACACACACACACACACACACAGUUUGAAGAAAUAUAAAUAUAUAUAAUACAUUAAUGGAGGGUACUCAUCAUCAUGUUCAAAGCGAUGAUCUAAAUUUCAAGGCAACUGAGUUGAGAUUGGGUUUACCAGGCACAGAGAUUACUACUUCUUCUUCUCCUAAGAUUAUUAUUAAUAUUAAUAAUAAUAAUAAUAAACGAUCCUCCCCAGAUAACAAUGAAUCUGAAGAAGAAGAUGAUAAUAGGGUUUCUUCUGCUGCUAAAUCCAUUACUGCACCUGCUCCCAAGGCGCAGAUAGUAGGGUGGCCGCCGGUGAGGAGCUACCGGAAAAACAACACGGCGGUGGUGGUCGGAGAAGAGAAGAAGACGGAGUAUGUAAAAGUUAGCAUGGACGGCGCACCUUUUCUUAGGAAGAUUGAUCUAAAGCUCUACAAUAAUAAUAAGAAUGGAUAUACAGAGCUACUGAAUGGUUUGGAAAAGAUGUUUAAUUUCAAAAUUGGAUCUGAAUAUGCAACUGCUUAUGAAGAUAAAGAUGGUGACUUGAUGCUUCUCGGUGAUGUUCCUUGGGAUAUGUUCAUGGCAACAUGCAAGAGACUCAGAAUAAUGAAAGGAUCAGAUGCUAGGGGUUUGGGUGCUUCUGCUGUAUGAGUACUGUCUUAAUUCAUUUUUUGUCACGUGACAAAAUUGAAGAUGAAGAUGAAGAUGAAGUCUCUGAGGAAGAGAGAGAGAAUCUGCAGAUUAUGCACAGGCUCUGAUUGGGCUCUCCAAUGUUGAACAUACAUAAAUCAAGAUUGUGAUUUUUUCUCUUGCAAUUUUCUUGAUCCUAUUAUAUUAUUAAUUACAGAAUCUAAAACCUAAUUGGCUGGUUUUCUUAGAUCCUGUUUUGUUUUAAGGUUUUUAUUAUUGCUGCUUUUGUAAUCUCUGUCAAUCCAAUUGUACAAAAGGAUAUAUAUAUAUAUAGUUAUAUACAUGUCCUGUUAUAUGUCUGUGUGAGUGUUUUUUUUUUUUUUUUUCUGUUCUCUUCUUUUUUUGUAAACCACCAUGGUUGACAGUGUGAAGGAAGCUUGAUUAUGAUUGUUUAUCAU